CGCGUCACUCCCCUUUCCAAUGCGAUGAUUCGUGUUUGUUCAAAAAUAUAUGCACGAUCGGACCGAAGUCGUCCAGCUCCCAAUGGAACAUGCGCAGUGCAGGUGUUGUAUUGCCAGAUUAAGUUCAUCCAAUGGGAAAGCCAUCAUCGACUUUUCCAAAAUCCAUCAAUAUUGUCCAGUCGUGCGCUCAAUUGCGACUUAACGAAAAUGGCUUUCGACGUUUCCACCAACCCAGGUUCUGGGGCUGGAUAACGGAGAAUAACGCGAUACAUUAGUCUACGAGCUAGUCUACAUUUCUCUGAAGAAUAUCCGCUAUUUUUUCUAAUGCACAUUUGGGCAUAAAAAAACCUUCCUGUCUUUCCAGACCCGCUCGUGUUAGAUGCUAUGCUGAAAACAAUUCCCUCUCCGAGCCCAGAUCUCUUGGAGCCUGUAAGACCUAAAAACAGAGCGUAAACUAAUCUUAUCAAAGUGCAAGUGAGUGUUGGUUUGACGAGUCAAGUCUUCAAAAACCUGGCCUAGAUUUUGGAGAAGCCUAGACGCGCGCGCACUCAAUGUGUUAGGCGUCCAAUUGAUCCAUUCUUUGCGAAAUUGCUGCUGUGGUAUGCUCUUGGUGUCACAGUCAUUGCACAAAUCCACAAUCGCU